GCGCGUUGGACUCCGGAUUCAACUGGGAGCGCGCCAUCAUGGCGGCCACCGGUGCCUCGUUGGCGCAGUUGGUAAUGGGUCUGUAUGAUGUGCAGGCUUUCAAGUUUGGGAACUUCGUGCUGAAAAGUGGGCUCUCUUCCCCCGUCUACAUCGACCUGCGGGGCAUCGUUUCUCGACCACGUCUUCUGAGUCAGGUUGCAGAGAUUUUAUUCCAAACUGCCCAAAAUGCCCAGAUCAAUUUUGACACUGUGUGUGGAGUGCCUUACACAGCUUUGCCAAUGGCUACAGUUAUCUGUUCCACCAACCAAAUUCCAAUGCUUAUUCGAAGGAAGGAAACAAAGGAUUAUGGUACGAAGCGUCUUGUAGAAGGUGCCAUUAAUCCAGGAGAGACUUGUUUGAUUAUUGAAGAUGUCGUCACCAGUGGAUCUAGCAUUUUGGAAACUGUUGAGGUUCUUCAGAAGGAGGGCUUGAAGGUCACGGAUGCAAUAGUGCUGCUGGACAGAGAGCAGGGAGGCAGGGAGAUGUUGGCGACGCACGGAAUUCGUCUCCACUCCGUGUUCACAUUGUCCAAAAUGCUGGAGAUUCUUGAGCAGCAGGAAAAAAUCGAUGCUGAGAUGGUUGGGAGAGUGAAGAGAUUUAUUCAGGAGAAUGUUUUUGUGGCUGCUAAUCCUAAUGGUUCUCUGCCCUCUGUAAAGAAAGCACCCAGAGAACUCAGCUUUGGUGCACGGUCAGAGCUGCCUGGAGUCCACAGAGUUGCCUCGAAGCUUUUCAGGCUUAUGCAGAAGAAGGAGACCAAUCUCUGUCUGUCCGCUGAUGUCUCAGAGGCCAGAGAGCUGUUGCAGCUAGCAGACGCUUUAGGACCCAGCAUCUGCAUGAUCAAGACUCACGUAGAUAUUUUGGAUGGUUUUACUCUGGAUAUAAUGAAGGAGUUGACAGCCCUGGCAAAACGUCAUGAGUUCUUAAUAUUUGAAGACCGGAAAUUUGCAGAUAUUGGAAACACAGUAAAAAGGCAGUAUGAAGGUGGUAUCUUUAAAAUAGCUUCCUGGGCAGAUCUGGUAAAUGCUCAUGUGGUGCCAGGCCCAGGAGUCGUGAAAGGCCUGAGGGAAGUGGGCCUGCCUUUGCAUCGGGGAUGCCUGCUCAUUGCCGAAAUGAGCUCAGCUGGCUCCUUAGCCACUGGGAGCUACACUGAAGCAGCGGUUAGAAUGGCUGAAGAGCAUUCGGAAUUCGUGGUGGGUUUUAUUUCUGGCACCCGAGUAAGCAUGGAACCAGAAUUCCUUCACUUGACUCCAGGAGUUCAAUUAGAAGCAGGAGGGGAUAACCUUGGCCAACAGUACAGCAGCCCACAAGAAGUUGUCGGCAAAGGAGGUUCUGAUAUCAUCAUCGUGGGCCGAGGCAUUUUAACGGCGGCUGACCGUCUGGAAGCAGCUGAGCUGUACAGAAAAGCCGCUUGGGAGGCUUAUUUGAGCAGACUUGGUAUGUGAGUGCCUUGGAUGCAUUGUUGUGAAGGCUUUGAAGAUACUGAGCCUCCUGCACUUCACCAGCUUGAAAUUAGCCGCCUUUAAUACUGCUUGGCUUCAUCCAUGGGUCUGGCUCCUGUCAGUGACUUCUGGAGUUAACACUUUAAUAAUUUGAAUGCUAACUUUUAUUGUGCUUUAGGUCCAAGUUUACAGAGCACAUUAGUUUCUUAUUAAACAAUGCACAUAUCAUUUCAUGACAUUGGUUGGAGUUAACAUGGUCUUAAGGAAACAGUGAAUGGUUUGUAAUACCGGACUGUUACUGUUGUACAUUGAUUUUCAAGCUCCUUUAUUGAGACUGAUGUUUGUUAGGCAGCCACAGUCCUGUCUGUCCCAGGGUCUUCCACAUGCCUCCUUCCUCUAGAUCAGGCUCCUUUUUUAUUCUUUUAAUUGCCCUGAGAUAAAAUUUAGGACAUCAAAAAGCUGAAA